AUGGAAAAUUUCUCCAGAGAGUUCAUGUUCGUGCUUCAUGGACUGAAUGACUCAAAGACAAACAAACACAUUUACUUUUCAUUUGGCCUUGUUGUCUAUAUUGUGACAAUGUUUGUAAAUUUUACAUUAAUUAUUACAAUUAUUCUGAGCAAAACACUUCAUGAGCCCAUGUAUCUGUUUAUCUGCAAUUUGUAUGUGAAUGGAAUAUGUGGUGCUUCUGCUUUCUAUCCAAAGAUUCUUGCUGAUCUUUUUUCAGACUCUCAUGUUAUUUCAUAUACAGGGUGUCUGAUACAAAUGUACAUCAUUUACUGUUAUAUUUUCUGUGAACUCACAUGUUUAACAGCCAUGGCAUAUGACCGAUAUGUAGCCAUUUGUAAGCCUUUGGAAUAUCACAACAUUAUGACACACCAGAAGGUGGUAAAUUUGCUGAUUUUUAUCUGGUUCUUCUCCAUACUAGAAACGUCUGUUUUGACUGCACUAACAAGCCAGUUACGCUUAUGUGGUAAUGACAUUGACAAGCUAUACUGCUUUAACUGGGAUGUUGUUAAGCUUUCCUGUACAGAUGUCACUGUAAACAGUAUUUAUGGAAACAUUGUAAUAUUUACUCAUGUUUUUCAAGCUGUGUUGAUCAUUAUUUCAUAUAUUCGCAUCGUCAGAGCAUCUAUGAAGUCCAAGACAGAGCGAGUUAAAUUCAUGCAGACUUGCAUUCCUCAUUUAAUCACCCUCAUGAACUUCUCCAUUUCUGUGUUCUUAGAUCUUAUGUGUGCGCGCUAUGGCAAAGGUCAGGAACUGAAAGCUCUGCGCAACAUCCUGGGAAUAGAGUUUCUUGUUGUGCCCCCUCUCCUAAACCCCAUCAUAUAUGGGUUAAAAAUGACCCAGAUACGACGGCAAUUAGUGAAAAUGUACAACCACAGUCUCAAAGCAGUGCAACAAAACUGA